AUGGAUACUUUAGCAGAUUUUGCAUUAGUACUCCUAGUCUUCGGUAUUUCGACAAUUUCAUCUCAAAAACUGGAAUCGUCUAUCGAUAAGAACAGAAAUGCCCAUACUUACGAACCUCCCAUGACAGCAAUCCCAGCAGGGAAAUUACCAAUGCCGUUGUAUCGGCCAAUGGUUUCCUACGAUAAAUCUGAUUCGUCCAUCUAUAUAUUUGGAGGUGUGAGAGAGGAAAGGUACCAAAAUCAAAUCCUGCGCUAUGACAUUGCCACGUCCACCACGACUUACGUCGGAAAUAUACCUGGUUUCGGGUGGAUUUAUGAAGGCGCUGUUCAACUAGCAAGACCAGGGGAAUUUUUUUAUUUUGGCGGGGACAAUUCACAAAAUAGCCAAGCAUAUAAAUUUAAUCGGGAAUCAAAUCAUACCAUCAAAGUAGCCGAUCUCCCCCGGAGUGUUAACUCUGUGACGACAGUAAUCCGCGAAAGUUCAUCCGCCGAAGUUAUAUUGUUUGGCGGUAAUGGGAAACGAGACGGAGUACUUAAAUUUGAUUUAGAGACAUUCGAAUCUUCAGAAAUUGGUAGUUUGCCAAGUCAAUGUACUGGCAACCCAACCAGUGUACUUGUGGAAGACAAGGCACACAUAUUUUGCCAAUCAUUUAAUAGCACCAGUAACGACUCAGGUUCUCUGCUAGUCAUGAAUCUUAACUUCAUGGAUUCGCAAACAAUUCUGAUGGGCUGGCCCAGAGUGGAUCACCCUCAAUCCGCUAUAUUUAAUGGGCAGCACAUCUAUAUAAUUGGAGGGUACUUCGCCUUGCAGGGACUAAGCACUAAUGGAAUGAUAAAAGUAGACCCAAUGACACAUUUGUGGACAUUCGUCCCUCUCAACGACAUGCCGAUUAGAAAUCAAGAGUAUUUUUAUAAGCAACCACCCACAGCUGUUUAUGUGGAGGAGAUGAACAGAAUUUAUAUGAUAGGCGGGGUUUCGAUGCAUAAAGUCAUUGGCGACACGUCGUACCAUGAUGAUGUUUGGUAUGUUGAUCUCAACCCGGCACAGACCUCUUCGACAACAAAUAAUCCACCUCCAUCUUCUCCGGACUCCUCUACAUACGCACCAACGACUACAACAACGCUGAGUCCUGACACAUUCAACUGUAACAAUCGUACUGAUGGCUACUACCCACACUCUUUGGACUGCACCUUAUACCUAGUGUGCUACGAUGGGUUAGCGGAGGUUCGUCCAUGCCCACGACCAUUUAAUUUCGAUCCUUUAUUGCGCCUCUGCCGACCACCAGAAGUUGUUGAUUGCCUGGCAACAACACUCUACGCGGUUCACAUGGAGACGAAACUCCCCAAAGUACUCCAUUCAAUUACUGUUUUCUACGAUGGGGAGGAUUCGAUCUACCUGUUUGGUGGAACAAGUCUCAACUCCUACCAGAGUGACGUCAUCAUGUAUGAUAUUCCUUCAGGUAGUCUCACUAACAUAGGCAGCAUGCCAUAUCUUGUGCAUGGAGCGACCUCUUAUGGCGACGGGGUUGGAAAUAUACUGACAUUCGGAGGCGCAGGGUUUGGAACUUAUCCUCGGGAUUUAUCUAAUUAGGAGGAAAACCUGGUUAUUGCAAAUACAUUUAACAGUAAAAUUUAAAACAAAUUAACUUUGCCAGAUGCCAAAUUAUAUUAAUUUUAUAAUAUGUGCAUUAAACUAUAGCAUUUGCUGUAGUAAAUUCUUAUACAGAUUAUCAUGUCUCUUGGUGAAGUGAUUAACCACUUUCCACUAUCCGUUAGUACAAUAUUGGGCAUGUAACAAUGUCAAAAUAUAAAUUCUUCACUGUGGUGAUUGUCACCUAAUUAUUUUUUGGAUAUUCAUGAUGUAUGUUUUAAUGUAUUUAUCUAAAUAUACCCCACUUUUGGUGCUCAAUAUUUAAA